AUGACCAGCGCUCCCAGAAUCAACCGGGCCGCAGUAGCAGUGGCGGUUGGCACAGUUUUGAAAUACAUCGACGAGGAUAGCGGACGCGAAGGUCUGUGGAAUACUCCGGAACGGGUUGCCGAGAUGUAUGGAGAGAUCUUCGCCGGCGUGGGCAGGGACCCGGCGGACGAAAUUGAUGCCGUAUUUUCUGAUAACGUAACUCAGGAUCCGGUGAUGGUGCGCGAUAUCCCAUUCUUUUCCAUGUGCGAGCAUCAUCUCCUGCCGUUCUUCGGCCACGCCCACCUGGUUUAUGUGCCCGACCGUCACAUAGCAGGCAUCAGCAAGAUCGCCCGUGCGCUGGAUACGGCUUCGCGGAGGCUUCAGGUACAGGAGCGCCUCACCGCACAACUGGCCGAUGCAGUUUUAUCCCGGGUGGAACCACUGGCAGUGGCCUGUCGACUGGAAGCAGAACACAUGUGCAUGUCAAUGCGCGGCGUGCACAAACCCGGACACCGCGUGGUUACCACGGCGGUUCGUCUGGCGACAAACUCGUCAGCCAACGGAAGCGGUUCCGCAGUGGCGCCGCGCGAUCUGCUGGAUAUGCUGGGACACUGA